ACUCCAGCGGAGGUCAUGGAACUGCAGACGACGCACAGGAAGUGCCGGUAACAGUAUCAAGGCGCAAAUUUCUGCCGGCCGAAGUUCUAAUAAACGUAAUCCAACUUAUACAGUAUCAACACCGAUGUAUUUCUCUACCAUUUACCACAGUUUCCACCCUGCUGUUGUGCACGGAAGAAUAACUACGGCAUUAGCAAGUACUGUGGUGCACUAUUUUGACCCGAACUACUUUUGGGGACGGGGUCGCGGAUAAAUACUGUGUUAUGAGACCUGGAAAGGUCACUUUGCCUGGCAGCCAUUGUUGUUUGUCGGAGUGUAACGUACGUGUAAACGACUACUUUGCUCCAGUUUGAGACCACUUUCAAGACGAUUUGACACUUCAGCGAUGAAUCAGCAUCACAAACUGGAAGAAAUGGGCGAGAGAAGCGGUGAGGUCACUACGGACGAUCGUCCAGUUGUACACCCAGAGGACGAGACAAGCAGCAGUGAGAAAUUAGACACGGGAAGGCAGCAAAAUAAGGAAGGGGACAUUCCGUGCGAGGAAACAAGUGACGGAGCAGAAUCUGGCCAUCCUCCCGCACAGGGUCGAACAGAGCGGAAGGACAGACUUGCGGUGAAACGCACUGUGGAUAAACGCUUUGCGUGUACGGAGUGUGGCUAUAGGGCAGCCAAAAAGUCUGUCCUAAUCAAACACACAAGAAAACAUACAGGUGAGAAACCAUAUAAGUGUGACCAGUGCGACUAUUCUGCUGCACAGAAAGUUCAUUUAGACCGACACGUGACUAAACACAAAGGAGAAAAACCCUUCAUGUGUGGGGAGUGCGAGUACAGAACUACUGACAGGUUAAGCCUAUCCGAACAUAUGAGCAGACAUACAGGUGAGAAACCCUGCAAAUGCGAGCAGUGUGACUAUUCAGCAAUACGGAAAGUUUAUUUAGGCCGACAUAUGACUAAACACACUGGGGAAAAACCCUACAUGUGUGGAGAGUGCGGAUACAGGGCCGCUGCCAGGUCUAGCCUAUCCAAACAUUUGAGAAGACAUACUGGCGUCAAACCCUACAAGUGCGACCAAUGCGACUAUUCUGCUGGACACAAAGGUAAUUUAAGCCGACACAUGGCUAAACACACUGGCGAAAAACCCUACAUGUGUGGAGAGUGCGGAUACAGGACGGCUGACAGGUCCAACCUAUCUCUACAUAUGAGAACUCAUACGGGCGUAAAACCCUACAAGUGUAAACCCUUCAUGUGUGAUGAGUGCGGAUUCAGGACGGCUGACAGGUCUUACUUGACCAGACAUAUGAGAAGACAUACAGGUGAGAAACCAUAUAAGUGUGACCAAUGCGACUAUUCUGCUGCACAUAAACCUUCUUUAGACCUUCAUCUUACUAAACACGCCGGAGAAAAGCCAUUUGUGUGUGGACAGUGCGAAUACAGGACUGCUAACAGGUCUCACAUAUCCGAACAUAUGAGGAGACAUUCAGGUGAAAAGCCCUAUAAAUGCGACCAGUGCGACUAUUCUGCUUCACACAAAGGUAAUCUAGACAAACACAUGGCUAAACACACCGGCGAAAAACCCUUCAUGUGUGGAGAGUGCGGAUACAGGACAGCGGACAGGUCUCACUUGACCGUACACAUGAGAAAACAUACAGGUGAAAAGCCCUAUAAGUGUGACCAGUGCGACUAUUCUGCUGCACAGAAAUGCAAUUUAGACCAACAUGUAGCUAAACACAAUGGCGAAUAACCCAACGUGCAGGAGUGCGGAUACAGGACGAUUGGCAGGGCUUAGCUAUGACAAACAAUUUACAAUAGCACAGCAAUACAUUGUUAUCAGAAACAGAACUGUAAACACCAUGGAAACUAUGAAUGUGACCAGUGUGAAUAUGUUCUUGCACAGUAAUCGAUGCAUGGCUAAACACACAGGUGUGGAUACGAUGUUUUUCGUAAAUAAGCUUUGAGUAAAUAAGGUAUCAAUUGUCUACUUCUGGAAUAUGACUAGGUGAGGUGAGGUGAGGGAUAUGCCACUUUCUAUUUGUACAUAUGCAUAUUCCAUAUUAUAGACAUCGAUAGGUUAUUUUGUAUAAAUAGAUAUUGUAUGUAUGCCCCAAUUGUAUGUAAAUAUCAAUACAGAUGUUACUGCUGUAAUAGAUUAAGUUAAUGCUGAUUCUUCUGGCGGAAAAUGCCUGGUUAUCAUUUAUCAUCCAUAUAUUGAUAUAACACUCUCUUGACGUUUAUUAUUUAUCACCCAUAUAUUGAUAUAA